CCAGAGGCAGGAAGUAACAUUUGCCGAGCACACGGUGGUCACCACACAGACUCUGCCAUCUCUCUGGGGCCAUGAGGGGUCUGCUGACCACACGGGAGCAAGAUGGCUGGAGGGAGCUUAUUAACAAGGAGGCCUCCUGCAGGGUCAGCUGGAAGGCAAAAUAUGGGCACAAAUACCCCAGGCGGGUAACUGACUAUGGGGUCGCCAAGAGGAAGUGUUUCUUGCCUGCCAUCUGCCCUCCUGAGAAGAGUGCAAGCUCCCUCCGGUGUCAAGAAGUAACUGUGCAAAAAGAGGACAGGCGGCAGCUGUCAGGGAAGGAGGAGAAGCCGGAGGAGGAAGGCCGAAGCCUUCAGGAGCCUCUUCCUGAGAUGAGGGUUCCCACGCCACAGACAACUCAGUUGCUAUACCAGGGCUUUUCCCAUGAAGGCAAAGGGAGGCACCACUACCUCAAGCAGAGGAAGAUGAAGAGCCCUGAGGAGAAAUUCUGCUACCCAGUGCUGUCGUCAUGGGAAUAUGGCUGGCGCUUAGGAGACGUGGUUAAGGACAUGAGGACACCAAUCCAUGGCAAAUCCCGAAUUGUAAAGGAUACUUUCUACUUCAAAAACGGAAUCUUCUAUCAUCCAUCAAAAACUGACAAGCUGUCAUGAAUAUUAUUGCUAACUGACAUGUGGAAAUGUUUGUGCAAUGUUGCCUAGCAUGGGUAUUUGUUGUGGUAUUGGAUCACACAACCCUCUAUAAUUACUUCCCUCCAUAAUUACUCUUUCAGAUUUAGAACUUGCUUCUAGCCUUCCUUUCCCUGUAGCAUGUAGCACUGCUUCUUGUGUAACAGAUGCACAGCACCUAUCAUUCCGGCAGAGUAACUUACUGGGUUCUGUGUCAAGGAUGUGUAUACAACCUUGCAUACAUUUGGGACCAGAGUCUGAUUUAGAGCCAAUUAAUUCAUAUGGCUGUUGUGAUGUUUCUUGUGAUGGUUUCCUUUUGUGGUGACACCUUGAAAGAAGACCUGCCAUAGGCUGAUUUUUUUUUAAAGCACCUAUCACAGUUUAUACCAAGAUGAAGUUAGAGAACUGCUUUGAAAUUCAAAAAGGGUGCAGGUUUGUAACAAAAACUUUUGUGACAAAGUAUUCCCAGUUCUCCAGGUAGUGGAUCUAUGAAAGACCUUUGACUGAGGCCUUGGAGGGCAACUGGCAGUCAGAGUAAACAGUAUAGGACUAGAUGGACCAAGUCUGCUCCAUUAGUGAUUGGGUACAUUAUUGUAUUCUUCCCUGGAGGUUGUGUGAGCCGUUGCAUUGGUUCUUAGACGUGGGGUGGAGUACCACAAUGACUUUACUAUUUUCACUCAUGGGAGCGAACCCAUCAUUCACUUGUAUAAUAAAGGUAGACCAUGAGGAAUUUAUAGCCGCAAUUAUGUGUAUGUCAGACAUGGGUAUGCUGAUCAGCUGAUCAGUCCUGGAGACAACGAACUAAUGGUGAGCAAAAAUUCACAGGACACAGCCCUCGGAGACGGGUAGCUCUGUGGUUUUUGCUAUUUUUCCUAGAGCUCUUCAGGCAUGGAUGUGAAUGACUUGUGAGAGUACCCUGGUUUCUUCAAAAGAUCAUGUGAGAAAGCCAUGCUUUGCUGUGUGUCAUAUCCACAGCAAAGCUCAGAUUGAGCAGGAAAUUGAUCCAUGAGCCAAGGUUGCUGCCUGCAGGGGACAGAGGCCCCCAAGUGAGGUGAACCUGGGGCUACCAGAAUUCCCUUGUUUUUCUAAGGGUUAUUUUCAGAUAUGUGAUUCCCCACUCCAUAGAAUAGUCGUGACCGCCUCAGAAUGCCCCUUGUUUCGAAAGCUUUUUGCUGACAGGCCUCCAUUGCUCCCAACUGCUGCGUUACAGCCAGGAGAGUGAACAAAAGCUCUGUUGUUACUCGCAGCUCAAACAAGCCUGGCUGAAAAACAUGAGAUUUAAAAUUAAAAUGGGGGUUUGUGUGGGUGCUCAUGCUCUUAGGGGUGCAUAAGGCAGGCAUGCUUUUCAAGGUUGUCUCCACAGCUAUGACAUACAAGUAUUUUAUAUGAAAAUUGAGAUACCCGAAAAAUUGAAGGUGCUCCCUGGAGCCAAGACAAACUGUGCUGCUGCAACUCACAGCUUGUGUUACCCUCAUUCUAUAUACACUCAUACAAUGGACUUUGUAACUUCAGCUACUCUCCCCAUUUGAUCCGGAACCAGGGUGGUGAUAAUUUUUCUUUCUUUCUUGGCUUUGUUUGCUUGAGAAGUUGAAGAGAUCCAGUGACUCACUGCUCCACAGAGACCACUUGACUAGAACAAAAUAGCAUAAAACAAAAGAGCUGCAAAAUAAAUUUAGUGAAUGGAACCAUAAAUUUAUGUGUGCUAAUGUAUCUAAAAGGUGGCUCUUUUUCAAGUAUAUGUGAAUAAUUUCAUAGUGUCUUAUGUCUCACUUGACUGAAAUUUGAUAGUAACAUGAAAUAUACUUUCAGUGUUGUGAUUUACUACAGGAAUGUUGUCCAAUGGGCCAGCAGGGAAUAAGAGAUGAAAAUUUCAGUCCAUGUGUGAUAUAUAUUGCUGAUAUUUUAUCUGCUCUCAGUAAAGCCACAACUUAGUCCUGCGAUUCAGCUUAUGCCGAUCCAUGGACUGAAUAACAGGCUGCGUCUAGACCAGGCACCCCCAAACUCGGCCCUCCAGCUGUUUUGGGACUACAACUCCGAUCAUCCCUAGCUAACAGGACCAGUGGUCAGGGAUGAUGGGAAUUGUAAUCCCAAAACAGCUGGAGGGCUGAGUUUGGGGAUGCCUGGUCUAGACCAAUACUUACUCCAUUUCAUUUUGGUUUUAGGCUUCACCAUCUCUUUGCAUUUCUCUGGACAGGGCUCAGGACAGAUAGCAGUAUGAUAAUUAUUCUACACCCUCCCUGACUAGCAAAUGACAAUUUAAUAAAAACAUCAUCUGGAUGGUGUAUAUAUGGAUGUAGGAAGCUGCCUGAAUUCAGAUCACUGGUCCAUCUAGCUGAGUAUUCUCUGCACUGGCUGGCAGCAGCUUUCCAGGGUUUCAGACGCUACUUUUUUCUAGCUGUACCUGGAGAUGUCAGAGAUUGAACAUGGGAAUUUCUGCAUGCAAAGCAGAAGUUCUACCACUGAGCUAUGGCCCUUUCUCAUGCUUGGCCAUUGGAAAUCUCUUCCCCUAAAGACUCGCUUCCUCUAAAGACCCCUAAAGUUAAGGAAAGCCACAGGGAGCCCCCUCUUUCUGUGCAAAGUCAGUGAACUUAAGAGAACACAUCAAUUUCUGGGAAGGCAAGUGUAGGAUUUUAUUUUCCCCAGCAAUUUCUAUAUGCGCAUACACAUGAAGGAUGAAUGAAUGAUUCACAGGAAGACCCACAACCACCACACAAGCAAAUCAGGAUUAACACUGUCAUAUAACUGCCCUGCAAACGAAGUGGAACAAAAGCAGGGUGAAUGUCCAAUAAGCCGGUUGUCUGAAUGAGGCCCACAUCUGAAACUGCAGGGCUUGCCUUAUGUGGUUAUGUUACCUUAGGCAGCAUUUCAGCUAGGAAAUGACAUCUACAUUACACAUAGAUUUUGUAUUUGAGAGUGCAAUAUUAUUUUGAUGAUGGGAAAUAAACAAGGAGGUGAUCUCUAAGUUAAGCACAGCUUUCUUUGGAGAUCCCUUCAGAAAUACAGACCAAGGAGGAAGCAGCAUGAUGGGGCCAAACUAUUUUUUGGCAUCCUAAUCUACGGUGAGCCACCUAUUUUAAAAGGUUAUCAAAAUAGCUUCACUGAAACUUGCUUGCUUAUUUGUUUUGUCUUCCCAGAAUUGGUAGUAUUUCCUGCACAGGAAUUUUUAAGCAGAAGCAGGCCUUUAUAUCAAAUCCUGCAAUUAAUUUGUCUAAUUAGUUUACAUAGAAGCUAUAGCAAAUAUGCUUUUUAGUAUUUUAGCCUCAUUUUAUAAAAUAGCACAUGCAUGAACAUUUAGUGGUGAGGGCUUGAAGCUGUGCUAAUUUGUACAGGAGGAAGGGCGUUGUGAGGAGUCACUAGUAGAAUGACAGGAGUGUUGUCUUUGGAUGUGGGAAGACAGAUUUUUAAUCCCCCUUUAGCUAUGAAGCUGCAUGGGAGGCUUAGAAGUCAGACUAGUCAGGAAGCCAGAG